CAAAUUUGUGGUAACAAAAUAUUAGAAGAAUUCAUGAAAAUUGUAAACACAGUGAAAUUUCAACGUGGCAAAUGUUAAUAUUUGAAGAGGUUUUCAAGCAAGAUAAAGAUUUUUCAUGUUGAUGAAAGGCAACAACUUGAGAAAUAAGGGAUGACGAGCCUGUAUCAGACAGUGAAAUCAUGCAUCAUAAAGUCUCCGCCGUCGGAGCAGGUGGAGGUGGUUACCAAGGAGACAGAGAAUGAUGUUCUUGACAAUCCGGAACAUGUGAAGGAGCAUGACUCUAUGGACUUUACCUCCAACAAGAAAACAGAUGAACAAUCAGAACAGAAGGCCCAGGGCGGUGUCAUAUGGCGUGUGUCGAGUGGUCUGGGCUCCGGGCUCUACAACUUCACAACGGGUGCUGUUGGCUAUGGAGUGGGAGGAGUGAAGUGGGCGGCAGGCAAGAGUUAUGACGUCGGCUCAUCUGUAGUCACCCAUGUGAAGAACCCGCCACUGCCAGAAAUGCUUCGGAAAAAGAAAGACAAGAAAGAAUAGAUUCAGUGUCUGCUAGUAUAAUGUUAAUAGUGAAAUGUUGUUAAGCUACUGGAAGUUAUUGCUGUGCAUCAUGCUUGUGUUGAAGAAUCGAUAUAACCAUACUUGUGUGUUCAUUUCAAAUGCAAUACUUUGAUGACUUUUCUAUAUCAUAGUUUUUUAACAUAUAUUUUUAGUUUACCGUUAUGAUUUAUUUAUGUCUUUAUGUGUAGCAUUGUACAUAGCUGUGAAGUUUAUUUUAAAAUUUAAGUUGAUUAUUGGGUGGUGAAGUGUUUUACAUGUGAUUUAUGUUAAGUGAAAGGAUGUGGUUAUAUUUUUGGAUUACUGUUUCUGAUUAAUCACUGUAUUGUCUGAUAUGUAACAGAAGGUGCCAAAGACAAUCAAUUGAAAUCCUUUUACCUCUGGAUAAGUCCCACAGAAAUAUUGUGAUAUUAAUAACAUGUUUUGGUAAGGGCUAUUCGAGUAAAACAUGUAACCCAUGGGGGGAAGGCAACUAUUUAAAUAGUAUAUGGGUGGGUGUCUUUUUUGUUAAUUUGGACUCUAAAAGGGUAAAUUUCAUUUAUUUGCUUCUGUAGGGGGUGGUAUAUUUUAAAAGUGCCCUAAAUAAGUCACCUAUUAUUUAGAUCAUUUGAUCUAUUUUUAAGAGUCAGAUUUUUAUAAACAUUGUUUAUUUUUUCACCAUAGAAAGAAAACUACUGCUAUCAAAUGCAAAGGAAAGAAGUCUUACUAUAUAUAUAUAUAUUUUGAAAUUGAAAGUUGUUAUAGAAUAUUUGUAUUCAUGUUUACCCAGCUGGAAUGGGAAGGAUUUUGUGCACUUAUUCAUUAAUCUAGUCAUGUUUUAAAUCUGAGAGACUUUGUCAACUUAUUUUGUUCAUUUAUACAUGCACCAUCAGUGUCAGUUAUAAGCUUUUAAGAAGAAUCAUUUUUUUGCAUACUGAUUAUUUGUGUGUUAAAGAUUCGCCAUUUUUAGCUUAACUAUUUUAAGAAUAAGGAGGUAAUGAAAUAUACUUCUAUAUACAUAACUUUAAACAUAUUUAUUUCAAGUUAAGCUUUAUUGGGGUUAUCAGGGGCAUACAAGAAUGAAUUAUAUAACAUUAAUCGUUUAAAGACUUUUAAAGAUGAAAAUUAAGUUACUACUAGCCUAGGACCUUAUUGGCUGAUGUUUGGUAGAGGAAUGUUAACUGAAUGAAAAGAAAUUAUCAGUAAAGAGGUUGAUAUAAAGUGGUGACACUGACAUUUCAGCAAGCACUCACAAAUCUUGAUAACACUUUAUGUUAAGUAACAUAAACAAAAUCAUUGCUGAUAACCUGUGCAUUGUCAUUCUCUUGGUUGAAAUCGUAUACAUAUAUGCACAGAGUAAAUAUACUCCUGAUACACCAAUGAAUAAGCCCUUUUUUAGUAAGAUUGGUAAGAUUAUACAAAAACUGUGCCAUAGUUGAAUACUGUCUUCCUGAUUUGUCUUGUUUUUUGUUGAUACAACUGUAAAGUUUAAAUUUUGUUCUCUAUUACUGGCUGUUAUAUUUGAAAUUUAAUGUCAAAAGUUUAUGAAUAUCAUACACUUACGUUUUAAGUUGAGGUGAAUCUCAUUGGUAAUUUGCAUAACUAACAUUUCUUCAAUACUUGUUGGACAAAUAGCUGUCUCUGUUGCCUUAGUUAGAGAUGGUGAUGUCCCUUGCUUUAUAAGUGAAAGAUCUGUGUGAUGCAAGAAGAAUGUUAUUUAAUAUAGAGAGAUACUCAAUUUUAGUAUCUAUAUUCAUUUGAUCAUGCAAUUUAAAUUUAUUCUUUAAAGUAUAUCACACUGAAUGUUUUGUACGUCUAUACCUUUAAGUGCUUGGCUCAUAUUUAGUAAACUACUCUGACAGAGAGAAAAAAAUAUUUUAAGAUAACAAGAUUACAAUUUUCUAAAAUUAGCAACUAGUCAUAUCAUGUGUGUAUCAUGUGUGUAUCAUGUGUGUAUCAUGUGUGUAUCAUGAGUGUAUCAUGUGUGUAUCAUGAGUGUAUGUUGUAGUCAUGAAUAGUUUAAAUUCUUAAACUGAUAAAAAGUGACAAUGAAACAGAUAAAAGGCUCGCACAUAUUCAAAGAGAGGAAACCACAAAAAACACUUUUUAUUCAAUAUGUAUAUCACGUUUUGACUUGAGCAUAAGUCGACACUUCUGAACAAGGGUUUAGACUUCAGCUGGAGUCGACUGAGUCAGGGUUUAGACUUGAAUUAGAGACUACUCUACUGAGCUAGGAUUUUGACUUGAGCUAGAGCCUACACUUCUGAGCCAGAGUUUAGACUUGAGCUAGAGUCUACACUACUGAGCCAGGGUUUCGACUUGAGCUAGAGUCUACAUUUCUGAGCCAGGGUUUAUACUUGAGCUAGAAUCUACACUUCUGAGCUAGAGUUUUGACUUGAGCUAGGGUCUACACUACUGAGCCAAGGUUUAUACUUGAGCUAGGGUCUACACUACUGAGCCAGGGUUUAUACUUGAGCUAGGGUCUACACUACUGAGCCAGGGUUUAUACUUGAGCUAGGGUCUACACUACCGAGCCAGGGUUCAUACUUGAGCAAGUGUCUGCACUACUGAGCCAGGGUUUAUACUUGAGCUAGGGUCUACACUACCAAGCCAGGGUUCAUACUUGAGCUAGAGUCUACACUACUGAGCCAGGGUUUUGACUUGAGCUAGGGUCUACACUACUGAGCCAGGGUUUAUACUUGAGCUAGAGUCUACACUACUGAGCCAGGGUUUAUACUUGAGCUAGAGUCUUCACUACUGAGCCAGGGUUUCGACUUGAGCUAGAGUCUACAUUUCUGAGCCAGGUUAUUCCUUGAGCUAGAGUCUACACUACUGAGCCAGGGUUUCGACUUGAGCUAGAGUCUACAUUUCUGACCCAGGGUUUAUACUUGAGCUAGAGUCUACACUACUAAGCCAGGGUUUAUACUUGAGCUAGAGUCUACACUUCUGAGCCAGGGUUUAUACUUGAGCUAGAAUCUACACUUCUGAGCCAGAGUUUCGACUUGAGCUAGGGACUACACUUCUGAGCUAGGGUCUACUACUGAGCCAGGGUUUAUACUUGAGCUAGGGUCUACACUACUGAGCCAGGGUUUAUACUUGAGCUAGUGUCUACACUACUGAGCCAGGGUUUAGACUUUAGCUAGAGUCUACACUACUGAGCCAGGGUUUAGACUUUAGCUAGGGACUACACUACUGAGCCAGGGUUUAUACUUGAGCUAGGGACUACACUACUGAGCCAGGGUUUAUACUUGAGCUAGGGUCUACACUACUGAGCCAGGGUUUAUACUUGAGCUAGGGUCUACACUACUGAGCCAGGGUUUAUACUUGAGCUAGAGUCUACACUACUGCGCCAGGGUUUAUACUUGAGCUAGUGUCUACACUACUGGGCCAGGGUUUAUACUUGAGCUAGUGUCUACACUACUGAGCCAGGGUUUAGACUUGAGCUAGAGUCUACACUACUGAGCCAGGGUUUAGACUUGAGCUAGAGUCUACACUACUGAGCCAGGGUUUUGACUUGAGCUAGAGUCUACAGUACUAAGCCAGGGUUUAUACUUGAGCUAGACUUUACACCACUGAGCCAGGGUUUAUACUUGAGCUAGAGUCUACACCACUGAGCCAGGGUUUAUACUUGAGCUAGAGUCUACACUACUGAGCCAGGGGUUUGACUUGAGCUAGAGUUUACACCACUGAGCCAAGGUUUAUACUAGAGCUAGAGUCUACACUACUGAGCCAGGGUUUAUACUUGAGCUAGAGUCUACACUACUGAGCCAGGGUUUAUACUUGAGCUAGAGUCUACACUACCGAGCCAGGGUUUAUACUUGAGCUAGAGUCUACACUACCGAGCCAGGGUUUAUACUUGAGCUAGAGUCUACACCACUGAGCCAGGGUUUAUACUUGAGCUAGGGACUACACUACUGAGCCAGGGUUUAUACUUGAGCUAGGGACUACACUACUGAGCCAGGGUUUAUACUUGAGCUAGGGUCUACACUACUGAGCCAGGGUUUAUACUUGAGCUAGGGUCUACACUACUGAGCCAGGGUUUAUACUUGAGCUAGAGUCUACACUACUGCGCCAGGGUUUAUACUUGAGCUAGUGUCUACACUACUGGGCCAGGGUUUAUACUUGAGCUAGUGUCUACACUACUGAGCCAGGGUUUAGACUUGAGCUAGAGUCUACACUACUGAGCCAGGGUUUAGACUUGAGCUAGAGUCUACACUACUGAGCCAGGGUUUUGACUUGAGCUAGAGUCUACAGUACUAAGCCAGGGUUUAUACUUGAGCUAGACUUUACACCACUGAGCCAGGGUUUAUACUUGAGCUAGAGUCUACACCACUGAGCCAGGGUUUAUACUUGAGCUAGAGUCUACACUACUGAGCCAGGGGUUUGACUUGAGCUAGAGUUUACACCACUGAGCCAAGGUUUAUACUAGAGCUAGAGUCUACACUACUGAGCCAGGGUUUAUACUUGAGCUAGAGUCUACACUACUGAGCCAGGGUUUAUACUUGAGCUAGAGUCUACACUACCGAGCCAGGGUUUAUACUUGAGCUAGAGUCUACACUACCGAGCCAGGGUUUAUACUUGAGCUAGAGUCUACACCACUGAGCCAGGGUUUAUACUUGAGCUAGAGUCUACACUACUGAGCCAGGGGUUUGACUUGAGCUAGAGUUUACACCACUGAGCCAAGGUUUAUACUUGAGCUAGAGUCUACACUACUGAGCCAGGGUUUAUACUUGAGCUAGAGUCUACACUACUGAGCCAGGGUUUAUACUUGAGCUAGAGUCUAAACUACUGAGCCAGGGUUUUGACUUGAGCUAGGGUCUACAGUACUGAGCCAGGGUUUAUACUUGAGCUAGGGUCUACACUACUGAGCCAGGGUUUAUACUUGAGCUAGAGUCUACACUACUAAGCCAGGGUUUAUACUUGAGCUAGAGUCUACACUACUGAGCCAGGGGUUUGACUUGAGCUAGAGUUUACACCACUGAGCCAAGGUUUAUACUUGAGCUAGAGUCUACACUACUGAGCCAGGGUUUAUACUUGAGCUAGAGUCUACACUACUGAGCCAGGGUUUAUACUUGAGCUAGAGUCUAAACUACUGAGCCAGGGUUUUGACUUGAGCUAGGGUCUACAGUACUGAGCCAGGGUUUAUACUUGAGCUAGGGCCUACACUACUGAGCCAGGGUUUAUACUUGAGCUAGAGUCUACACUACUAAGCCAGGGUUUAUACUUGAGCUAGAGUCUACACUACUGAGCCAGGGUUUUGACUUGAGCUAGGGUCUACACUACUGAGCCAGGGUUUAUACUUGAGCUAGAAUCUACAGUACUGAGCCAGAGUUUUUUUUACUUGAGCUAGCCAGGGUUUAUACUUGAGCUUUAGUCUACACUACUGAUCCAGGGUAUUUACUUGAUCUAAAGUCUCAACAACCGGGCCAGCGUUUAAACUUGACCUACAGUCUUCAGUUUCCUUAUUGGCUUGAAUAUUGUGAAAGAAAAGAAGAGGUAUUGUGAUAGCCGUUGCGUCUUUGUAAGCAUCGUGCAAAGGCCUUGUACCUUGACCCGACGUUAACUCAAAAACCGUUCACUGAUUAACCGAAACUUGGUACACAUAAAGCUAUAACACUGUUUUUGUUAAUUGUCGAGUUAUGCGCCUUGUUCAACUGAAAAAAAAUAACACGAGCGUUUGCUGACAGGCAUAGGGAUACUGCUAGUGUUGAACAUGCACUAGUUGGAACUCUUUAAAUUACAAGUGAAAUAGAAUCAGCCUCGUGAAACCUUGUAUCUUGAUGUGGUCAGGCAUGAUUCUACUAAGAUACCUGCUGAAGCCAGGUGUUCGACAUCAAAUAAACAGGUUACAUGGUAGAAUAUUACUAGCCUACACGUGGCUAGACUUAUUCACACUCCAUAUUACGCAUUACUUUGUUGACUAUGUGUGCAAAUGAAUUUGAUGACAUGUUAUCAUCUUUCGUUUAAUGAUCCUUUAAAAUUGAAUUAUCCCAGUGUAUCUGUUUAUAAAAAUGUAGUAUUUUAGAUGCAAUUGACUAGAUAUAUUUCUCACCGUUAGUGCCAAAGGAGUAGUCGGUGAUAGUAAUAGUGAAGCAUAUCUUCUUGAACAUGUAGAAAUCAUGUGAUUACACCUGUAAUACCAAAUGAUAUACAUGUUGUUCGAAUUUUUUUAUGGCGUAUUGAUUUGUAAUGUGCAAUUUAUUCCUUGAUGGAACUUUUAUGGUGUAUUAUUUGACAUUAUUUCAUAUAACAAUUAUUUCUGUUGGAUGUGGAGGUUGACAAGAUAAUAAAUCAAGACUUUCC